CCCAACUCCGGAAGGGGGCGGGGAGGUUGCUAUGGUGACGGAUGUGCUCGAAAUUCCCCGGGGAUCCGCGUGCCAGUCCCUGAUGAAGCUCGUGAGCUCGACAUUCGGGGAGGGAUGAGUACAGAAAACCAAGAUAAUGUCAGUUUUGAGAAUGGGGAACACUUCCAUCAAGAUAAAUCCACAAUGAAAAAGCAACGCCAAGGCAAUGGAAUCCAAGUCUGUGGCUGAUGACUUUUCCAUGCAGAGGAUGGAUGUUCCACGGGCAAAACACAAAAUGAAAUCUUAAGUUGAUACAUUUUGGGAGAUGACAGCCCUGGCAAUGGAGAUGCUACUCGGCAAAUAGGCUCUAUCUAUUGGAUGCAUUCUGGGAGGAUGUCACACCCUCUUUGGACCCCGGCAGGAGAAUAAGUCAGAGCAGGAGAGGGGAGGGCUGGGAGAAGAAGAGCCCAAAGUGGUCUAUGAGCAUCGGUCCCGCCUGGAGCGGUCCCUGCAGAAGGAACGGGGGGAACACAAGAAGACCAAGGAGGAUUUCCUAGUGUACAAACUGGAGGCGCAGGAAGCUCUCAACAAGGAAAAGCAAGACUCGAUGAACCGCUAUGGGGCCCUUAGCUCCCAGCACAGGAUCCUCAAGAACCAACAUGAGGAUGUGAAGAAGCAAUUGUUGGACUUGCAGCUGCAGCACAGCGGGCUGAGGCUGGAGCAUCGGAAGGCCCUGGAGAGCCAUGGGCAGCGCUAUGCCCAGCUACAGCGGGAGAAAGACAGCGAAGUGGCCAGUCUGCAGGACACAGUGUACAAACUUCGAGAGGAAAGCAAGCUAUUGAGGAAGGCUCACCAGGAUGUUCACACCCAGCUGCGGAAUGCCCAGUCCCAGAUGGAGGAGUUCAGACAGCUCAAGGAAGCCUUGCAGAAGAUGCCCAGCUUCCAGGACCCUGGGGGCAGCCAGCGGCAGCAGCAGCAGCAGCAGCAGUUCCUCCAGGCCCCGAGGCAGCAGGCUCAGCUCAGGAAGCCUCAGGUGUUCAUUGCCACAGGCUCCAGAGUGGCCCUAAACCCCCAGGAGCCAGAGGUGGGCCCCCACUGGAACCCUCAGGCUGCCCUGACCCCAGGGACCCAGGCCUUGACCCCAGCUGGGCCACCUUUCCCAGACGUGAAGUUACCUUCUUCUGGACCCCCUGCCUGGCCCCCGAAACCGAUGGAGGGCCAUGUUCUCCGCUUCACCAGAACUGUAAACAGCCUCCCGGGCAGGCCCCCGGUUCAGCAGGUAGUGGUGGUGGCAGCCCCUGUUUCCACUUCCUCCGAGAGACCCAGCCCACGGGGUUGGCCCCCUCAGCAGCAGCCUCUCACAGGGCUAGACAAAGAGCCCCAGGCCCUCCCAGCCCCUGGUAGCCCACAGGUACAGAUGCAGAGCUGGCAAGACAUUGUCAACAAAGUGAAUGCCCAAGAAAAGAGCCAGCAGUAUCCCCCGAGCAGCCAGCCCCAGGGACAGGGCCAGCCUCUUCCACCUGCCAACCCAGGAAAGGGCAUAGAGAAUCCGGUAGCCGACAAAGAAGACCAGAGAAGGGCAGGACCUGAUGAGGAGGAGCUAGAGAUGGAUGCUGGCAUGAUUGAGCGGGAAGAAAGCAUACGGCCCAGGAAGGAGCCAGGGGCCCAGGGCCCGGUGGGACCCGAUGCCCUUGCAGAUCCUGCCCAUGAUCCCAACAACCAGGGUGAGGAUGAGUUUGAAGAGGCAGAGGUAGAGCGGCCAAGGUUGGAAGAGGGGGCCCCAAGACCCCAGCAAGCUGGGGAGCUCCGGGAACAAGGACCAGAAGAGCAGGACCGGGCAAGGAAUGAGGCUAGAGCUGGAGCCCACAGGACUGGCACAGAGUUGCCGAAUGGCUACCAGGAUGACCAGGAACUGGAUGAGAACCUUGACCUAGAGCUGGUACCUGAGAACAAGAGUCACCCAGAGGCCCCUGGCCAGAAAGACAAUUACUACUGACUCUCCCCUCCCCUGUCUCCUGAACCCCAGGCUUCAUGUCCUCCUGAAGAGGACCCCCCCCACACCCUGGGAGCCUAGAGAGAACAUAAAAGGCUCAGAGACUUGUAGGUGAGGAGAGGGGAGUCUGCUCUACCUUCCCCCGCCCUCCUGCCCUGGCACACACGGGGGAUUAUUACACACCCCAGGACAGUCUGAGGCCCUUAGGGAGAGCGGCUGAGCUAGGAAAGAGAUCCUUUUGGCCCUUGGUGUCACCCCUUGCUUUCCAGCCCUCGGCUCCCUCUGACCCACUAACCACCCACAUCCCACAAGUCCCUCAUGUUGGGCUUUGGCCUGCUCAGGCCUCGGAGUCAAAGGCUUCCUCCCAAAGUAAAAUAGGGCAGUGAUGCGAUGUCUCUGGCCUCCUCUGGAGAUGAGGAUGGACUGAAACCAGGAGCUGUUUGGGGAGGGGGAUGACUGGUCGGCCUUGUCUUCAGACCAGGAGAGAGAGACAUAAAGAGACAGAGAGACUCCCCCCACACACAUACACGCAUACGUGACACAUGGGGAAAGGGGCUUCUAUUCUCUGCCCACCAAGCUCAUUGAAGCCCCAGCUGGGAUGGACAGAGCUGUACAGGGCCAAGUCCAAGUUCCGAGACUGAGACAAAUCCAGAACUCUUAUGGGUGCUGGAGGUGAGAGCCUGGGAACUGGGCCCUGGUUCAGUUCUAGGGGCUAAAGGGGAGACCCCAAGUGGCUCCUGAAUGUGUCCCUACUUCCCUUCCCCACCAUCUCUCCCCUCCAAUCACUUUCUGGGGAUUGGAGUUUAGGGAGUGGGACUGUCAUUUCCAACCCCCCUCCCCGCCCCAGGACCAGCAGAAUGGAACCUAGGUGGGGCUGUCAGACCCUCAGCUAGAUUCUCUGUGGCCAAGGCCCAGUAGGGUAGGAGAUUGGGCAAUGGAUGGAGGCGGGGUGCUCAGCCCUGACUUGGGCCAUUCUGAGGCUAGGUGGCCCAGGGUUUCUCUGUAUAUAAUGUAUAGCCAGGCCUUAAUAUCCAUUUUGUACACACAGAAAAUAAAAU